AAAUGAGACCGCUUCCUGCUUGUGUGUGAGUGUGUGGUUUGCCAGGCAGGGGGCUGCGAGCAGCUCCACACCGCCGGGGAGGAGAGGCUUGUGCCCCGCCCCUCUCGGACACGUUGCCCGGGGAGAGGCUGCACGGGCUGGAUGGGACUCCUGCCCGCCCGCCUUCCUGCGUCUGCUGGUUCAUGGUUUGAAACCAUCAUCAGUCAGCUCCGUCCGCCAGCGUGUCCGCACACACACACACACACAAACACACACACACACACACACGGCUGCUGCUGCUGCUGCUGCUGCUCGUCCUCAACUCACCGAGCCGGACGGGAAACACACGGUUCACCUCUGGUAAGUGGUCCGUGAUGCUCUCUGCUGGUUGAGAGUCUAGCUCCACCAUGUCGACCUCAGACUCGGAUUACUCCAUUGACUGGCUCGCCAGCGAUGAGGACGACUAUGACAGCCCAAAGAGAUUAAGUCCUCGUCGCACGGAGGAGCCGCCGGUACAGCCAUCAUCAUCAUCAUCAUCAUCAUCAUCAUCAUCAUCAUCAUCGACCUCCUCUCCUUCAAGCUGCUUCCACUGUGGAGCGACCCAGAGGAGGAGGAGUGACUGUGGGGUCGACGCUGACUCUCCAGUCGCCCUGCAGACCCCGGCAGUCAGUCCACUUCAGGGAUUUACCUCUGUUUAUACGCAGCAGAUGCUUUCUGUGGAGUCAAAGCAUCAUUCGAGCAGGAAGAGGGCACACGGACUCUGCAAAAAGCCUCACGCAGACACUGAAAACGAACUAUUCUCGCAGAAGUGCAUGGAGCUGCAGUGCUACAUCCAGCCUCUGUCGUCCAUCCUGCGGGGCCUGAGGUCAGGCAGGUACUCUGAACGUCUCAGCAGUUUCCAGGAGAGCGUCGCAAUGGACCGCAUCCAGAGAAUAAUGGGGGUCCUUCAGAACCCAAACAUGGGUGGACGCUUCCUCGGCAUCAUACUGAAAAUAGAAGAAAUGCUUCAGAGCUGGUUCCCUCACAUCAAACCAAACCUGACGCAGGCAGACGACAGCACUCCGGCUAAGAAGCAAAAGAUGUGUUGCGGUUCUGAAGUUGAUGUAAUGCUCCUGUUUUCUCUGCAGCAGCAUCUCAGCAGUGCCUCCGCUCCUCCAUCCUUUCCGGUGUCGCUCUGCUCCUCGGACGUGGAGCCGGCUCCCGCAGCCUCUUACUCCUCCACCCGCCUCAAAUGGCUUCACACGUCGCCCAUCUGCUCCCUGAAAACGCCUGAAUCGACCGCCAGCCGGCCCGCCGCCUCCGCCUCCCCUCUGCCCGCACGCUGCUGCCAGGAAGUGACCCAGGACAACGCCGUCUCCUCCAGCACCGACCUACACACGGGGCCCCCGCGCCGUCUCAGCCGGGGGCCGCUGCCCUUCAAGAUCAGCUCGCCGUGUCUGGAGAGACUGCUGCAGGCGAAGGAGAGCAUCGUCGCUCCCAGGACUGUGGGAGAUGGAGGCUGGUUGUCGUAGCUGCCUGCAGAGCAGUUGGCCUCUGCGGUUGAGAAUCGGUGGAGAUCUGGGUGGGACAGGAUCUCAGCAUUCAGGCCCCACAUGGAGCCUGAAGAGCCUGAAGAUACUAAAAAGCCUUUAAUAAAAAAAAAAAAAAAAAAAAAAAAAAAAAAAAAGCAUGCUUCAAAGUCUUCUACAUCUUUUUUUAAAAUCUACGUCUGACGCGCAGUUCGCUCAGAUUUCAGGUUCUCCUGGACGAGCGGAAAAAAUACCAGAUGGGACUUUGGAUGAAAUGACGGCGCAGAUCCGACUGUUGUUUUGAUGACAGUUGGCUUUAAGGACACUUCGAGGAAACGCUGGACCUCUAGUUUUGAGUUUUCACUGUUGUUUGAGUUGGAUGGAUUUCUAAUGAGUUCAAAGGUCAAAACGAGACCGAGUGAAGGAUCACGAGCUCUUCUGAAAGCUGGACUCUAUUUAUGGAUCUGAAUAUGAACGAAUGCACACGACAUUUGGUGCGGAGACUUGGGAUUUUCAUAGCUGAACACUUUGACUGUUACGUUGUUUGAUCUGCUUCUCUCUAGGUUCUUAAUGAUUCCUCUACCUCAUGCUGACACCACGAUACAGUUCGACCGCAUCGAGAGACGUUAAGACUUUUACAAAAGCAGCCUUCCUUGUAGCUUCAGGGCUGGACAGAAAUCAAUAUAACAAAAUAUUCUAAUAUUGGAAUAUUUCACGAUAUAGGUAAAUGUAUCCAAAGCCAGUUUUUUUUCCAUUACAAUUAGCUUGAAAUCAUUAAUUAAAAGAACAGUAUGCGAUACAACACCCGCUGAAGGUCAGUAAAAGUGAUUAUGAAUUAUCGAUCAGCGCUGCUUUAACCUCUGCGUCUGAGUUUAUUCAGAGGGAAGCAGUUUUUCUAAAUCCACAGAGAACGAUGUGAUUCUCUCAAGAGCCAAAACUCUCAUUUCACUUAUCGCCAGUUUUCGUCUUUUCGUGAGACUUUCAGGCUGCUGAACAUCACGAACUUCCAAUGACAGUAAAUAUAUUUGGUCUCCAAUGGCGACUGCCCGUUAACAUUUCACAGGGACCCCGGAGGAAACGUAGAACCGUCUCCUGCCACAAUUUAAAAGAUGGGUUUGGGUUUUUUUUCAAGUUAAUCUCGAUACGAUAUGAGCGCGUUAUUGGUCGCUGUCUUGCUCUCCAUACGAGCCGCGAAGAGAUCCCUUCUUAGUGCGACUACAAGCGAUGAGGACAGAAUCCACAGUCCUCGUUCUGUGCAAGAAUUCAUUCCUUAAUGUGAGUCUUCGGCAGCCGGAGUUAAGACGACGCAAGUGGGAAUCUUCGUCCUGUCAGUCGCGUUAUUGCACAACACAAACACAAAAACCUGCGGAAGAGACCGACUCAGACUGCUGAAGCCAUCCCAGUACAGCGAGUAAGAGAUCGCAGCCUGUAUGAACACGUUUCUAUUCAAAAUGAAAAAUUAGAUGUUGGAUCUGUUGGUUCCUAAAAUACUGUCGAGCCGUGCUAGACGGAUAAUCACGACGCCAAACCGUCUAAGAAGAAAUGUCUGGAAGCAUUUUGACGCCACGAAUGGAAAAAUUCUGGGUAAAGAUGAAAAAGAUGUUAGCUGACUUUUAAACGGUGACAUUACAGCAACAACAAAUCGGAGUCACCUGUAUUUAAACCACCUCGAAUUAAAGGAACCACGUCAAUUCUACAACAUAGUUUACAAUUAGGUGUUGUGGGUUGCAAAUUAAUUAACAGUCGCUGUUUCAGCUGCGUUUUUCAGUCACUUCUGUUUUAAACAACCCAGCUGUCCACACAGGCUGCUAACGGCUACGGUUUUACGCACGUAACCGCGACCUGAAGAGUAUUUUUACGCUUGAAGUCGAUUUUCUUCUGUUUUACGACGGCGACUACAGCGAUUGUGUGUGUGAGACGCUGAGCGCUGGCAAACCGCGGGUGACCGACAGUCAGUACUGUGCCUGAACGCCUCCUGUGUAGACAGACCGAGGACUGUGCCGGCGUGUUAGCACCAGUCUGACAGCCCUAACAGCGACACGACAGCUGAGUUUUGUAUCAAGGCACAAAAAUCCAAACUUAUCCGUUAAACAGCUCUUUUGACCAGAUAUUUUGAACUCACUGCGUAGAGAUGUAGAGAGGUUUUCCUUUAUGUACAUAGUUUUGUUUUUUUUUUCACAUUUUAUUUACUCCCCCUAAAACAUGGCCUUUGUGAUAUUUUGUACUUCUGAAAUAAAUGUGAUGUCUGCUUUCUGACAGGAAA